AUGACGACAUACCUGAUUAGUCCAACUCCAAAUCCAAAUUAUAGUACAAGUUGCGCUCUAGAACAUCUGGUCACGAGUUAUCAGAAUCUAUCCAUCGAGACCAGUCGUCACGGGUCUGGUACGGCCCAAAAGCCUGCGGUCCGGAUUCCUACAGUGACUCGCUUUUAAGUCCGAAUCAUCUUCCCAACCCCACCUUGUUUUUCUCAUCAUGUCUGACAACCCAUCAUUCGUGCUUAAGGGCAUCCUGGAUGUUGAGAUUCAGCAAAAGCCAAUUCCACAGAUUGACCCCAAUGAAGUCCUUGUGGAAGUGAAGAAGACAGGAAUUUGCGGCUCAGACGUACACUUCCUUGUCCACGGAAGAAUUGGAGAUUUCGUUGUGGAGAAGCCCAUGGUGCUGGGUCACGAGGCGGCAGGCGUGGUCUCGAAAGUUGGUUCCAGGGUAACCAAUGUCAAAGUGGGUGACCGAGUCGCUAUGGAACCUGGCGCAACAUGUCGCAAGUGCGAAGCUUGCAAGGAAGGUCGCUACCAGCUUUGCCCCGAUGUUAUCUUCGCCGCCACUCCUCCUACAGAUGGCACUCUUGCUCGUUACUACCGCCUACCAUCCGAUCUCGCUUACCCACUUCCACCAAACCUCAGUCUCGAGGAUGGAGCGAUGAUGGAACCUCUUUCCGUGGCAGUCCAUGCAGUCUCGAAGCUCGGUGCUUUGCGGUCGAACCAGUCCGUCGCCGUCUUUGGUUGUGGACCGGUUGGACUUUUAUGCAUGGCAGUCGCGAAAGCUCUUGGCGCUUCCCGUGUUAUCGCUGUUGAUAUCGUUCCUAGCCGCCUCGAAUUUGCCAAAGCAUAUGCUGCAACUGACGUUUUCCUACCUCCUCCUAUGGAGAAGGACGAAUCGAGAGUCGCGUUCUCGAUGCGCAACGCCAAGGCGAUGAAUGAGAAGCUCGGCAUCGCUGAUCGUGGACCUCAGGCAAUUGACCUGGUUUUGGAUGCUUCCGGCGCGGAGGUCUCUAUUCAGACUGGUAUCCGAAUCGUCAAGAGCGGUGGCACCUACGUCCAGGUCGGAAUGGGUAGCCCCAAUGUCAAUGUCGAUAUGUUUGUUGUCAUUUGCAAGGAACUCGUCCUCAAAGGCUCCUUCCGAUAUGGCCCCGGUGACUACCCUCUCGCCAUCGCCCUCGCUGCGUCAGGCAAGGUUGACGUCAAGCCCCUUGUGUCGCACCGCUUCCCAUUCACGCAGGCGCGCGAAGCAUUUGAAACUACUCGCAAUGGCAAGAGCCCCGAUGGUAAGGGGGUCAUCAAGGCCAUCAUCUCUGGACCUGAUGUCGACAUCAACGAGGCUUGAAAACUAAGUACAUGAAGUAUUAUGCA